AUGGCGUACAACGCCGUCGCUCAAGUCGACCACGAGGUGGCUUCUGUUUCUUCCGCUUCUGCAUCACGCAGCCCCUCGCCCGCUCACGGGCAUGCUUUUGAGCAGCUGCCACUUGACACUGAUCAUAUUGGGGGAGGAAGCCAUUUAGAAGCUGCCAAAACCACAGAAAACCCCAGCUUCAGUCAGUUAGGGUCGAUGAUCCGCUCCAUGACUUCUACCAGCUACGAUAUGGUGGAGGACGAUGACUAUGACGCCGGUCAUUCCCCCGAAGAGCGAUCUAAUAGCCUCCGAAUCCCACCACUCAAUACGUCUGUCGCGCGACACUCUUCUCCCGAGACCCCCAUCCGCAGCGCAUCCAGCGAGGUUCCCGUGCCUCUCAGCCACCCUACCCCGGAUUUGCAAUCGAUACAAGGAGCCUACAAAGGAAAUGUAACGCGGUUGGAGGAAAGCGCGGAGCAGCUGAGCUCGUGCUCCGCGGACAUCGAGAGCGAGAUCCGUCGCAUAGACCAAGAGCAAAAGCGACGCUCAGUCAGUUCCGCGUCUAAUUCAAUCAUUCACCGGAAUGGCGCGUUCUCUCCAGCAGCGACAAUUUCCUCCGCCCAUGGAUCGAAUGUGUCUCCCGCCCGUCAGCGCUCUGUGUCAGGGGCGCGUCUGGCUCAGCUCUCGGAGCCUGCACAUGAUGACCAUAAGCAUGAAGUGGAUGAAUUCCCCGCACUUCCCGAUCUACCACCACCGCAACCUCUUUUCAAUACAAAGAACGAUUACUAUUACGACCAAUAUGUUCCGCAAGGAGUUCCCGCAGAGGCGGAGGCGGAGUUGGAGCGCCGGGCCUCGGUCGCGUCCGGCGAUACCUACCAGCAAACGCGGACAUUGUUCACUGAUUUUGAUGGCGUCCAUUUCGCGGAACAGGGUCGGCAGGUUUCUUUGGAGCAGCCACCGCUCGCCCGCAAGCCGCAACAUUACAAACAACCGCAAGCAGGAGAGAAGAUGGUGUUUUAUCCCGCCCCUGUUCCACGCAUGUUGAAUCUGCCGCCGAAGUUGUCGCGCAAAGCAAACAUCGACCGGGAGAAGCGUCGUACACAGAUUGUAGGCGCCAUCGCCGCUCAGGAUAGAAAGUCAACAAUCAUGCUAUCUGAUGUCGACCUAAACGGCCCACGUGAUGGCCAGAACGAUAAACGAAAAUCGACAGUGCCAGCACACCUCCGUGCGAGUGUGUUUUUUGAUCAGCCAAGUACAUCACUCCAGGUCGCUGUUAAGCAUGACUCAGCGGUUGCUACGCUGGAUAGCAUUUUGGAUGCCUCUGCGAAUGCGCCCGUUUCGGCUUUCACUGAUCACCCGUAUGCCGGUCAUGCAGGCGCGUCCGCCUACAAUAAAUCAAAACGCAAGACCCUGACAAAAGAUCUGACAGGGCAAAAGACAAGUCGUCUUUCGCGAGCCACGAUUGGCCAGCCUUAUAGCACUAAUAAUGUAGACGAGCAUGGGGAGCCCGUCACUUCGCGACAUGGAUCGGAAGCGGGGGAUGACUUGGAUAGAAAUCAUGAGGAGCACGGUCACGAGCGUGGGUCGGAAGGCACUGAUACCGAAAGUGAUGAGCGGUCCGAGGACGAGGACGAAGACGAAGACGAAGAGGACGAGGACGAGGAUGGGGAAGAAGGAGAGUUGGAUUAUGUUGGUCCACCGAACACCCUUAUCGCCGAAUUGGAGUUACGGAAGCAUGAGUUGAAGCACCGACGGCGGACGGCUGUACCUGUGCCUUUCCAUGGUAUGCAGAGCACUCUGUUAGAAAUGGACGAACGUGCCCAAAAGCAAAGCGAUAAACGCCGGCAGCGCCCAGUCGCUUUGGCCUGGGAAGGGCGGGAUGAUGACGAUGACGUUCCUCUGGCUAUGUUGUACCCCGAAAACAAUAAUGCCGAAAAUGACGACCGACCUUUGGGGUUGCUCGCACUGCGCCAGCAAGAAGAAAAUGAGCCUCUGAGCUCACGCCGUGCCAGGCUUCGGGGCGAACCACUCCCGCGCCCGGAGCAACGUCCUGCUACGGUGUAUGCACCAGGGCCACCGGCGCAUGUUCCCGAGCCAACCGCCCAGAGCGAGGACGAGACAGAGAUAGAGACCCUCGCCGAGCGAUUGCAACGGUUGAAGGGACAUAAUCGCUCGGAGAGCAAAUUUGCUAGCGAUCUGAUGGCCGAGAUUGACACCCGGGCUGGAGUUGCGCCCAAAGAAGCCCAAGAAGUCCCUGCCCCCCUCGAGGAAGAGACACUUGCACAACGACGCAGUCGCCUGCAGAAAGAGGCCGCUGCCCAACCCGCGCCCCAAAAGAACCCGCGAAUGCGUCGGAGCAUGGCUGCGCUUACACAGGGCCGUCGUCCUCCCCAGCUUAAUCGCCAGUCGUCGUAUGACGUCUUCAAUCAGCGGCCUGUCACCAUGUCUCAGUUUGGGAACCGCAUGUCCAUGCAACAAUUUCCGUCACAAACGGGAUAUUCGACACCUGCAGGAUACCCGAUGGCACAGCAAUAUGGGUAUCCUGUGAACCCUGCGAUGGCCAUGAAUGGCAUGGGUUAUGCUCCAAACAUGGCACAACACCCUGGCCCGGUCAAAACCGACGUGAUCGACCGCUGGAGGCAAAGCAUUCGUUGA